UUGUAGUCUGAAAACCAUCGUCUUGAUAUUAAGUAUAUAAAGGACGUCGUCGUAGUAGUAAUGUACUAGUUGAUUGUUGCAUCCUUGAUAGAUUUGAGUAAUUUAAUUUAUAUGAAAAUAUGCUUGCGCUAAAAGAUUACGGUAGCAGCGACGAAAAUAGUGAACCUGAAAAUGUUGAUCUUGCAUCCACGUUUCUUAAAGAUAAAUUCACGAGUAAUCUGCAAAUUUGUUCGGCUCCGGAAGUCAUACCUACUGGAACGGAAUUAUGUAUAAAACACAUAGAUCCAACUGCAACGGAAGUUUCACAUAAUCCAAAGUAUGAAGAACUUUUUGGACCCGAAGUAGGACCAGAAAAUCCAUUUAAGACGCAGCAGCAGCGUGCCGCGAAAAAUAUGCUGUCUGGAUAUGUUGAACACGCACAUAUAAGCGAAUUUCAGUUUGAAAAUCAAAGACGAACAUUUGCCAGUUAUGGAUAUGCACUUGAUCCAACUGUAGACGGUAGUGCAGAUGAAGGUAGAGUAAUAAUUGGUGCAAAAGAAGCUGCAGAAGAAUCAGGCGGCAAGACAGUUUUCGAAACUACUACUUUAAGACCUGCAGAUAAACGAAAAAGACACAGAAACAAUGAUCCGUCGGACAUCGAAGGUUUCUUGGGUCCUUGGGGUGGUUAUAUUGAUGAAAAACGAGUUAUAAAGCCAAGCGAAGAGGAAGCUGCUGAAUUAGAAGAAAUCUUAGCCAAACGUAAUAAACGAGGAAAACAGACAGAGGAGAAACCACUCGAGGAGAAGACAGUAUUACACAUCAAAGACAGUGUGGAUUAUCAGGGACGCUCGUUCUUACACGCACCUCAGGAUGUAGGCGUGAAUCUCAGAUCAGAAUCACCACCCGAUCGUUGCUUCUUACCAAAAGCGCAGAUUCACACAUGGGAAGGUCAUACAAAAGGCAUCUCGCAAAUUCGAUGGUUUCCACGUACAGCGCAUUUGUUACUAUCUUGUAGCAUGGAUUGCCGAGUGAAGUUGUGGGAAGUAUACAAGGAUAGGAGAUGCGUUCGUACAUAUUACGGACAUCGUCAAGCAGUACGAGACAUAAGUUUUGACAAUGAUGGCAAGCGAUUUUUGUCAGCGGCUUACGAUCGCUAUGUGAAACUUUGGGACACAGAAACAGGAGCAUGUAUUAGUCGCUUUACAAGUAGAAAAAUACCGUACUGCGCCAAAUUUAAUCCCGAUCCAGAUAAACAACAUCUCUUUGUAGCUGGUACCAGUGAUAAAAAAAUUAUUUGUUGGGAUAUACGCUCUGGUGAAAUAACACAGGAAUAUGAUAGACAUUUAGGUGCUGUGAAUACUAUCACUUUUGUUGAUGAAAAUAGACGAUUCGUCACAACCAGUGAUGAUAAAAGUCUACGAGUUUGGGAAUGGGACAUUCCAGUAGAUAUGAAGUACAUAGCUGAUCCAUCCAUGCAUUCUAUGCCAGCGGUAACACCGUCCCGAAAUCAGAAAUGGCUGGCUUGUCAAAGUAUGGAUAAUAAAAUCGUUAUAUUCUCAGCGUUAAAUAGAUUCAAAAUGAAUCGGAAAAAGACGUUCACGGGGCACAUGGUCGCAGGAUACGCUUGCGGUUUAGAUUUCUCGCCAGACAUGAGUUAUUUAGUGUCGGGUGAUGCAGACGGUAAAUGCUAUAUAUGGGACUGGAAAACAACGAAAUUAUACAAAAAAUGGAAAGCACAUGAUGGAGUGUGCAUUGACGUAUUGUGGCAUCCACAUGAACCUUCUAGGCUUGCUACUGCUGGCUGGGAUGGUAAAAUCAAGUAUUGGGAUUAAAAUAUUUUCCAAUAGAUCUAGCCACAAUUACAAUCAAUCAUAAAUAUCAAAGAUAUUUUGUAUAUUUGUAAAUAAUGAAUAUUAAUAAUUAAAGAAAAGAUAAGAUUUUUAAAUGCUGAUUAAUUGUCAAUUUUAAUGUAUGAAUGACGAAUGUAUGACGAUGUACGUGUGCUUUACAGAUUAUACAUACAUAAUUCAAGUUAUUUAUUUUAAUUAAGAAAAAUCUGUUCUUUUAAUUCUUAAUUUCUUUAUUACCUCAGUUCGCCGAUUCCUUAUCCAAUCUUGAAUUGUCACAAUGAUCACCGGUGAACACAUGUAAUCAAACUUGAGAUUGUUCAGUAGAAGACUCGUCAUUGCCAUAACUAAAUUAUGACAGUACGCGAUAUGCGUAACAUACAAUCCAUUGAAUCCUGUUAUCUGGCGACACGAAUAUACUCACCAUUAUUUAACAUAUCGCUUGUCUCCAACCCACCCCGAUGCCAAUGAGUUAGCAACCCUGCUCCACGGAUAUGGAUGUGAAAAAUCAAUAGUGCGCGCGUCAGUGUAUACCGUACGCUCUCGUGCGGUCGCUCUCACGUUUUAGCCUCGAUUGGAAAAUUAUACGUAACGAACGUACUGCUGAGAAUUCUUUAUCCGUAUCGAAUGCCGAAAGUGCCCUGUCCAUGAAAUUCUUCGUAAAUAGUAAACGUUAUGCAGGCGGCAGGUAUUCGUCAAGACUGCAGAUGGAAGUAGCGUUUAUUAUCACGCAAUAAAGCGGAAGG